UGUUUGGAAUUAUUGUUGACUCGAAUUCCUUCCAGUGCUCGUCUCGUGUCGGCCGCAAGAGAUGUUCGAACUGCGCGUAGAGCGCAUGCGUCCGAAGUGCCGUUCGGUGGAAGAGCCGGAAGACGACUUCGACGGCGCGGGAGACCUUCCGGAGUGCGAGCCCUCGAUGGAGACAUUGUUCGAUCGCGACCUCAAAGACGACAUCAUUCUCAUGUUCGACGACGCCGUACUUUUGCAACUUCCGGAUUGCAAUGGAAAGCCGUGUGAGAAGAAGGGGAAGCAGAAGGAGGGGGAGACACAAGAGGCGAAGAAGGGGGAGAAGAGCGAGGAGAAGAAGGAGUGA